AUGGAGAACGCAAACCUGUGGACUCGCCGAAACAAUACCUCCAAGCUAUCUCUGUCUAUGGCAGGGACUGACAACAAAGAGGGUGGCGCCAGAGUUGACCUUUCCCGCACAACGAAGCGUUUCGGCCCUGACAGCUCCCACGGCCGAUCCAAUCCCUUUAAUGCUCUCUCCCCUCUCUCCGCCGGCGUCUCCUCACCAUCCACGAAUGCUUCGUCUGCAUUUGGCCUCGGCUCGGGUGCCUUUGCGUCGUUCGGAGCUCCUAAGACACCUGGGGGCUCGUCAGAGGUGAGAACCCCUGGCGAACGGCCGGCAGAUCGGGGUGUGUUAUCCUUGGAGGGCUUCAAGUCGAAGGAAUCCUUACCGGCGCUUAAGGAGCACGCUCUGCGAUCGACUUGGAUUAUCUGGUACCGCCCUCCAACACCCAAGUACUCCGACUACGAAAAGUCGACCGCACCCAUCGCUUCUAUCUACUCCGUGGAGAGUUUCUGGUCGAUAUACUCGCAUUUGAAGAGGCCUUCUCUACUUCCUACCGUUUCAGACUAUCACAUCUUCAAGAAGGGAAUUCGUCCUGUAUGGGAAGACGAGGCUAAUAAGAAGGGUGGAAAAUGGGUGGUAAGACUGAAGAAGGGUGUGGCAGAUCGGUAUUGGGAGGAUCUCCUCUUAGCGAUGAUUGGGGACCAGUUUGCGGAAGCUAGUGAUGAAGUCUGCGGUGCUGUUCUCAGUGUGCGGAGUGGUGAGGACGUCUUGAGUGUCUGGACUCGGAUUGACGGUGGGCGGAACAUCAAGAUCAGGGAGACGAUCAAACGCCUGCUUGCUUUCCCCGUAGACACAAACAUCGUGUGGAAGAGCCACGAUGACAGCAUCGCCCAACGCUCUGCCAUCGAUCAGGCCCGCCAGGAGAAGGCCUCCAACAGCCACCAUCAUCACCACAACCAUCACAACCACCAAUAUGGAGGGGACCGCCGAAGGCCAACGACGACUGACGACUCUGCGGGGGAUAAAGGGAAAGGGCCGGCGUCUUGA